AUGGCUGAAGUCCAGGCCACAGUGGAGUUUUCUGUGGAGCUCCACAAGUUCUACAAUGUGGACCUGUUCCAGAGAGGGUUCUACCAGAUACGUGCCAGUCUUAAGGUACCUCCACGUGUUCCACACAAAGUUGAGGCCAGUCUGCUUCGGGCAGGAGGUUCUGACCUGGCGUUCCCAGCUUCAGUCCAGGAUGAUGUCAUCUGCAGCAAAACUUUUCAAAUCUUGUAUAAGAACGAAGAGGUUGUCGUCAAUGAUGUCCUUCUCUUCAAAGUGAUGAUGUUGCUGGAUGAGAAGAAGGUGGAAGAGUCCCUCACUGACAUGGAUUUUCAGCUCUUCUUGGAUUUGUAUUUCACAGAUGGUGAUUACACACCAAAUGAUCCAAGCCCUUUACAAAACAUCAGUGGCCGCGUACUUCGUUUGCACUUUAGCCUCGAGCGAGGCAUCCACCAACACAUUAAUGUUAUGUUUGACUAUUUCCACCUGUCUGUCAUCUCUGUAGUCAUCCAUGCUUCCCUUGUGGCUCUACAUCAGCCCCUCAUCAGUUUCCCUCGACCUGUGAAAACCACAUGGCUGAACCGAAAUGCUCCCGCACAGAGCAAAGAUUCAGUCAUCCCACCCCUGGAGAACGUCGUCUUCGGCAGCAGUUACGUAAAGCAGGUGUCCACAGAUGGCAGGAUGUUCCUGGUAUCUGACCCCUGUCUGCAGCAUGCCUUCAGUCUGCACCAUAACCUUUGCUCCAAUCUUCUAAUUGCCUACCGGGGCCUUUUUGGUUACUUUACCUCUAUUACCAAGGACCUGCCCUCCUCCCAUCGUAUGGAACUAGCCAAGCCCAGCAUGCAGGUGCUAUAUGAGAGAGUUCUCAGAAGACCCUAUCCCCGAGGUCAAAGACACGUCUACAUAGAGCAACUCGACUUAGAGGCUCGACUAAAUGACCUGUGUGAGCAAGUCAAGCUAAAAGCUGAGUCCCCAGACGAGCUGGCAGAGCUGGUAAAUAUGAACCUGGCUCAGCUCUGCUCUCUGCUUAUGGCUCUCUGGGGACAGUUUGUUGAAGUUGUGUCCCUGCAGGAGCAAAUUGCUGGCCUACUAUCUAUGGAGCACCAUAUGCUACGAGUUAAGCGGUUUGCUGAAGCUUUCUUUUGUCUGGAACAUCCAAGACAAUCUGCGCUGGCAUAUCAGGAGCUACAUGCUCACAGUCACCAACAGAUGACUAAUGCUAUCAAAAGCUCCAGCUACUUCUUGUGUUUACCACCACUUCCAGUGGAUUGUGCAGACCUUGAUGGUGAUGUUACUACUCUGCCAAUAAUCUUUGAGGAUAGAUAUCUGGAUUCCAUCACAGAAGACCGUGAUGGACCUUGGUUAGGCAUGCACAACACAAGAACUGGUUCUGUUUCCAGUAAAGCAGAGAAGUCCAACGCAAAGGACUACAGUGCAGCUGCCAGCCCCAUACCUGAGUCAAGUUGUGCUCUUCUGGAUAACGCCUGGCCAGAUAAUUUUGAAGCACCACCUAAGUCCAAAGGCAAAUCAGUAAGAAUAAAGAAAAUUUCUAAAACUGAUAACUCUAAGAAGUUAAUUAGACAGGGGUCCAAGGACUCUGUAGUUUUGGUGGGCUAUAAGAAUCUGAAAGCCCCCUACAGCGACACCAGCACAAAGUACAAGGAAGAAGAGCCUCCUUUUAGCCAAGUUGAGGAGAGUCAUACCUUGCAACGGGACUCAAAUUGUUUUUUACGGACUAAUACUAGUUCUGCUGUUGCCACUGGUGGAGCAUCAGCACAUUUUGAAAACCGUGCUGAGACAGUUACAGAUGACAUAAGUACUGCUGCUAGUCAUGAGGCUCUUUUCAAACAUGUUUCCACUCUGGACUCUCAAAGUAACCCUCAGGCAGGUACUGGGGCUGUUGCUGCAAGCCAACAAAUACAAAAAGAUGAGCACGUUGACCUUACUGGCCAAAAGGUGCCACAGCUAUCUGCUGGAGUAAAGCGAAGUGACGUCAAACCAAGUGGCAAGGACUCUAUCCACCGUGAUAAGGUACCAGUGAUUCUACCAUAUCAGACUGUUGGAAUUCCCAGCAGUAAUAUUCCUGGAAUUACUACGCAGGCAGAUGUUUGUGACUCUCAACAGUCUGCAGUGGAUUCUGUUUUUGAAAAGUCAAGUAAAGAGGCAACACAGUGUAGCCAAGCCUGUGUGGUCUCAAUAAAGGUAAACAGUGAGUGUAUCAGGCUGCCAGAUGUAGGAGUCCCUAGCGUCUCAUCUCGCCUCUCAGACUCGGGUAUUGAAAGUGAACCCAGCUCUUUUGCUACUCAACUUGUUCUAGGAUCCCAUGCUGGAGCAGGAGUCCCUGAAUCCAGCGUUGUUGUUUCACAGACUGAGAAGACUCUCCAGAGUCCUGCUCCACAGCCUGCUCAACAAAGCACAGUGCAAAAACCUAGUGGUAUAGGAGAGAUUCUUUUUCCUGAAAGCUCGAGCCCCGUCAGCGGAGUCCAGUCCUCGCUCACAUCCAUCAACUCCCUGCCUUCAGAUGACGAGGGCGAAGGUUCCUCCAGAGCCUCCAGUGGACCUGAAGUUGGAGGCAGGAAGUCCAGUGUCUUGGUGCAAGAGCAGAGUCUAGUGUUCUCUGGAGAUAUCGCUAAAAGAACUGACACAAUCGGCCACCCCGAAGUUGUUGUAGAUGAUUCCCAACUUAGAAAACCCACCUGUGAUCUGGAAACGGACCCUAAAUUUGCUGAAGCUUCUGAAGUUGGACGGGAGGAAGCAAGUGGAUCUGGGACAUUAAAAGAAUCCCAUAGUGAACCCCACACAGCCUGUCCCUCCAGCAACUCUGCCACUACUAGUAGCACUGACCUGGUGAAACGAGGGAUGGUAGAAAACUACUUUGGCUCACGCUCCAGCACAGAUGUGUCUGAGAUCAGUCCUGUAGAAACAUCUGCCAUCACACUGGGGAUCCAGCCAGAGCAGCCGGCUGAGGAGGACGAGGAUGAGCCUGAACAUGAGAUGAUUGAAAAUGGUUACUACGAGGAAGGUGAUGGCUACGCUUUUUUGAACGGUGUUGCUGAUGAAGAGCAAACCGGGGAUGGAGUCGUUCAAGAGCCAUGUCUUCUGUUUGAACAGUUUGGCACUGGUUACCUCCAUGAAACAAGGGAUUUAUCAAAAGCUCCUGGGUGCUCCAGUCUGUCCACCAGCAGUGUUGGGCUUAGUUUGGGUAGAUGUUCCUAUUCCUCCACCUUCUCUUCCAGCCUGCAGUGGUAUGAAUGUGCACCCACUUCACAGAUGAAAGCGUUCAUCAAGGCCAAAGAAGAAAUGAAGCAGUUAAAGCUUCCUGGUUUCAUAUACAGUGAGGUUCCUGAGCUGGCAUCCACUGUGCCCUACUUCAGCUUAGAGGAGGAUGAAAGCUCUGAAGAAGGCAUUCAUCUCAUCGUGUGCGUCCAUGGCCUGGAUGGUAACAGUGCAGACCUGAGGCUUGUGAAGACUUACUUGGAGCUUGGACUGCCUGGUGCACGUAUUGACUUCCUAAUGUCUGAGAGGAAUCAGAAUGACACAUUUGCUGAUUUUGAGUCGAUGACGGACCGGCUGCUGGAUGAAAUAGUUCAGUACAUUCAGAUAUAUAACCUCACUGUGUCAAAGAUAAGCUUUGUGGGUCAUUCAUUGGGGAACCUCAUAGUUCGCUCAGUCCUAACCAGGCCCCGGUUUAAAUGUUACCUGAGCAAGCUGCACACGUUCCUGUCCCUUUCUGGACCUCACCUGGGCACACUGUACAACAGCUCCACCUUAGUCAACACAGGACUUUGGUUCAUGCAGAAGUGGAAAAAAUCAGGGUCUCUCUUGCAGCUGACAUGUCGUGAUAACUCUGACCCCCGCCAAACUUUCCUGUACAAACUCAGCAAAAAAUCUGGUCUGCAGUAUUUUAAGAAUGUGGUGCUGGUGGGGUCACUGCAGGACCGCUAUGUUCCAUAUCACUCUGCACGAAUAGAGAUGUGCAAAACGGCACUGAAGGACAAACAAACAGGGCCUGUGUAUGCUGAGAUGAUCGAGAACCUGCUGCUGCCAGUACUUCAGAACAAAGACUGUAAUCUUGUGAGAUACGAUGUCAUACACGCCCUGCCCAACACAGCCAACUCCCUGAUUGGCCGGGCUGCACAUAUUGCUGUCUUGGAUUCUGAGAUCUUCCUGGAGAAGUUCUUCCUCGUUGCAGGGCUCAAGUACUUUCAGUAGACCUGUGUCAGAACUAAAUACUUGGAUAUG